AUGUCGCACAACCGCUCGGGGCCGCUUCUCCCAGAAACAUGGGAGACUCUGAAGCCCGACAUCCAGAAUUGGUAUAUAACGGAAAACGAGACUUGUGAAUAUAUUGUGAAACAACUCUCUAGCCGCAACGUCAAUGUGACUGUGAAACAGAUUAAAUCUAGGCUCCAGGAAUGGUGCUUUACGUGCAAAAAGACUUCGCACCAACAUUACAUAGCCAUGUCAGUGGUGGCAGACUCUUGUGAGGCAGGAAACAUGGUUGAGUUCGAGGUGCCGAAAAGGCAACAGCGAGUCACCUACAGCACCUCCAAAAUCAAGAAAGAAUGCGACAGAGUCAAGAAAAGUUACGAGUCGAAGGGGCGGUCUUUGACAAUACCGUCUCUUCGCGAGGCUGAAACCAUUCUCAGAGAGGCUAAAAUCUCCUGGAAACCCAAUGAUCCCAAGCGGCAGAUUCAGCCAUCUGGACAUCGACAUUAUUCGCCAUUAAUCGUCAGCAUGUCAACCAGAAAGCCAAACAAGCCGCACGAGAUUGUUCGCCUCAAUCAUCUUGAUGACUGCACGGCCGAAGCACUCAUUUCGUUCAAAUCCAUCAAAACCUGCACCUACCUGCACGGUUUAGGGGCCAGCCGCCAGCCGAACUACACGUGCUCCUGCAAAGACCAGCCGUGCGACGAACACACUUGUGUGAAUCGUGCUUCUUGUAUUGAAUGUACCGCCGACUGUCCCUCGAGAGAACGGUGUGAAAAUCGAAGAUUUUCGAAGCGUCAGUAUGCCGAUUUGUCAGUCAUCUAUCAGGGAGACAAGGGUUACGGCCUCAGAACAGAUGCGAGCUUACGAAGCCAGCAAUUCAUCAUCGAAUACGUAGGAGAAGUCAUAUCGGAAGAAGUGUAUCUCCGGCGCAGGGAACAGUACCGUGAGGAGGGAAACGAACACGACUAUUUUAUGUUCUUGCAGAAAGGCGAAUACAUCGAUGCGCAAAAGAGAGGAAACUUGUCGCGCUUCUGCAAUCAUUCCUGCUCUCCCAAUUGCUACGUCGAGUUGUGGCACGUGGAGGGUAAAGUCCGGGCGGGAAUCUUUGCGGCGCGAGACAUCGAAGCGGGUGAAGAGCUGGUGUUCGACUACAAAACAGAUACCCGGGGUGCAGAGCCGCAAAGGUGUGCUUGUCGGGCCCAAAAUUGUACAGGUCUGAUCGGGCGGGCAAAAAAGCCUAAGCGUAUCAUCCGCUUGCGCAUCGGCAGGGACGGAGCUGAGAAUCCUUCGGUGAGAGGAGACCAGGGUGACACGAUCGGCGUGGUUCAUGAUCGCCCACAGUCUCCUGGUCCACGGCUUCAUGCAGAGCAGACUGACAUCGUCGCAAGUCGGCAGCCGCGAGAAGCUUCCAUCGACCCUGAAGAUUCGAACAGUGACACGGCGACCCUUAACGACAAUCUCACUUUGCCACCCUUGCCCUCACUGCCGUCCAGGCCCGAUCUACUGACAGUGGACCUGAUUAAGGGCCUCCUCGCUUCUCUCGAAAAAGCCGAAAACCGAGUAAUUACGCAGUCCAAACAAUUGGCAGCUCGGCGUAAUGAAAUGGAUACCAGACUACGACAACACCGUCGGCGUCAAGACGAAGAGUGGGAAGCAACUCUGCGAAAACGGAAGGUCCAGGAUGAUCAGACCCAGACUCAUCGCCAGGGACUAGAUGCAGCUCUCAAACAAUUCGAGCAGGAACUUGAUUUCAAAGAAGGGGCUCUGCUCCCCAAGCUUACUCCGCUGAGAUGGACCCUCAAAGUAGGAGUCCAAUGUGGCCGCCGACAUCAAGGGACCAGUUUGAGGCGGCGCCAAAGCGAAUGUCCUGUCCAUCUCUUGGCCACUCGAACGCCCAGAGCUCACCUCUUCGGCACCAGAUUGGCCUCAACGCGUACAAUCGGGCACGGCAACAAGAACAAGGGCAACGAUCCCGCCUCGCGAAUUCCGCACCGCAUUUGGCGAAGACCGACAGUGUUUUGGCACUCAUCCGUUCAGGGUCUCACUAGUUCCCGAGAACGAGCUACAUUUGAACAAUCAUCUUUGCCGUUUUGCUUACAAGGUUCGCUAUCGCGGUGGAGCCUACGUCAGAAAGGACAUUUUGGAUCGGGACAUAGGGAGGAGCCUCUACGUACGCUUCGAGGCAGGGUCAAUUUGGCAAGUAUUGUGGUGAACAAUGCUGGCCUGGUAGUGAAGGGAGCUCUACUGGACUACGCUGAGCAGGAUACGGUGGCUGAUCUUCUCAAUGGCACCUCUCCUGUCACUUGGCAUCGUCGAGCCAAGUGGGCCAGGGACAUCAUUCGUGGCGUCUGGCAUGUUCAUGCGGAAGGAUACGUGCACGGCGACCUAUCCCUUGACAGUAUUCUCAUCGACAUACAUGACUGUGCCCAAAUUGCGGACUUCAACCGUGGGUGUCGUUCAGGAUGGGAGCCCCCUGAGAUGGCUGGUCGCCCUACCAGCUUAGACUUGGGAGUCAAGUCAGACUUUGUUCCAGCUGGGAAUGGUGCUAUGAGCAUUGGCAGCGAAUGA